AUGGCGGACCGUCGAGGUCGAAGUACCUCCCCCCAGCGAACCACUCGCCAACCACAACACCUCGCAUACUCCAACAAUGAUGAUGACUCCCUUCUCAACACCCGCCAAAUCGAAGCCUUCGGCCGCACCGUCCACGCCACCGCCUCCCAACUCAUCUCCGCCAACCUCCCACACAACGAUGAACAGUACCGCACGGCGAUGAGCAGCGUGCACCGCUCGCUCCGCCGACCCAUGAUCCAGCGCUCCGUCUUCUCCUUCGCCAAAGCCAAUCCCCGAGAGCUCAUACGGUCGAAUUUCAACACCAGCGAGAUCGAGCACCGCGCUAUCGCCUACCUACCGGAUGAGCUGUUGAGAAACGUACCACCCAGCCGAAGUCCGUUUAGCUUGUUGGAUGGCUUCAAAGCCAGUCUGCCGGACGACGACGAAGCGGAGAAGAAGCGGCGGCGGCGACAUGGAAAACACGGUAGCAAAGGACAGAAGUUACUGGAAGACGAGAAGGGCCCGCCCAAGCUGGCAGGCAUGAAGCGCGAGCGUGAUCGGCUGGAGCAUAAGCUCGAGAUGAUGGGUGUGCGGAAAACAAUGUGCGCGAGCGAGAUCAAGGAGAUCGACGACAAGAUUGCCAACCUGAACACGAUGCGGAAAGUCAUUCUCGAGCGGCUGGCGGAUCUGGAGCAGGAGGAGCAUGAUAUGGAGGGCGAGCUGGCGGAUGUGGUGGAGAAGGUUGAGAUUGCGCAGGAGGAGAUGGAAGACGAGGCCGCGUUGGCUGCGAGGAGUGGAACGAUGGGUGUGGAGGAUGACAAGGUUGUCGAGGAAGAUGAGGAGGAUGAGUCCACGGGAGAGUUCAUGUCGGAAUCGAUAUAUCAAAAACUGCCGAAGCCUGGGAAGGAGGCGCCAUCACCGCGAGCGAAGCGGAAACGGUUGCCCAGGAGGGUGUCGAUGCCUGUGUUGCACGAGCAUAUGGAGCCUGGGUCGCGGAUACGGGAGUUUCAGGCGCAUAACGAUAUCAUCACUGCUUUGGAUUUUGAUGCGCCGUUUGGCACGAUGGUGUCGGCUGCUUUGGACGACACGGUACGGGUGUGGGAUCUGAAUGCUGGCAGAUGUAUGGGUUUGCUGGAAGGCCAUCUUUCGAGCGUGCGGUGCUUGCAGGUUGAAGACAAUAUCGUUGCUACGGGAAGCAUGGAUGCGAGCGUACGACUUUGGGACCUGAGUCAGGCAGACUACGAUCCAAGAGCAGCGGCACCACCGAGCUCAAGUAUAAGCGGCAAGCCUGGUGAUCUGGAAGACGUGGAAGAAGAGGGUACUUCAUCGGCAGGCGAUGUAUUCACACCCACCUCAGAGAAGCCAGAAGAAAUGCUUGAGCCGCACGCAAAUGCCAUGGCAGACUGCCCGAUGUUCACGCUGCAAGCUCACGUCGCCGAGAUCACCGCUUUGAACUUCCGCGGCUCAACACUCGUCUCCGGCUCAGCAGACAAGACGAUACGGCAAUGGGACCUCGAGAAAGGCCGCUGCGUGCAGACGCUGGACGUGCUAUGGGCUGCCGCGCAGGCUUCGACUACGAACCAGGCUUCUGCACCGAGUAGUAGCAGCGGCGGUGGCGAGGGGAACUGGUGGCGGCCCACGAGCGCGCGAGUACCUUCUGCUGAGUCGGAUUUUAUUGGCGCGCUGCAGGUGUUUGAUGCCGCGCUUGCGUGCGGUACGGCGGAUGGGAUGGUGCGGUUGUGGGAUCUGAGGUCUGGAAUGGUUCAUCGGAGUUUGGUUGGACAUACUGGGCCGGUGACGGCGUUGCAGUUUGAUGAUGUGUUCCUUGUUACUGGGAGUCGGGAUCGGAGUAUACGGAUAUGGGACCUCCGCACCGGCACCAUCCACGACGCCUUCGCCUACGACCACCCCAUCACCAGCAUGAACUUCGACGCGCGCCGCAUCGUCGCCUCCGCGGGCGAGGACGUGGUCAAAGUCUACGACAAGACGGAAGGAAGGCAUUGGGAUUGCGGUGCUGGGAAUCUGGCUACGGAUGAUGAUGUGAAGCCGAGUGUGGUUGAGCGGGUGAGGAUAAAGGAUGGGUAUAUGGUGGAGGGGAGGGGGGAUGGGGUUGUUGGGGUGUGGUCGUGCUGA